AGCAAACAGUGUUUAGUCUCCUGCAUCUCACCUAAGACAUCCUGUAACCAGGUACAGGACAAACAGACGUAGCCAGGAUGCUAAGGCUGAUGGUCUCAACAUCAGUACUAAGAAAAGGCAGCAAAUCAACAUAACGCCACACAGGUCUGACUAACAGUGGUGAACAGCUGGAACGUGCUGAAGGUUUCAUGUAUUUUGGCAGCCCAAUCAGAGCAGAGUUUGACGUCCACGCGGAUAUUUAGCAGAGACGGACCAAAGCGCGUCAUCUGAGAACAACACAGGUCAUGCAGAAACUUUCUGAUGCCGGCACAUUUCACAGAAAGACGUCAGAGCAAGAAGUGGGUGAAGACACCAAAGGGUGUGUUUGUUUUGUAUUCUGAGCUGGUCAGGUGUAAGCAGCAUCAUGAGCCCAGGACGGGUGGAGUCAAAGUUCCUUCCUAUCUGUCACAAUGAAGAAAACUAGCUGCAGGGUCACAUCACCAUGUGGGACUGAUGGAAAGAUCUCCCGUUCACCUGCAUUUGGACUCCAGGACCAUCUUCAAGCUGUGAUUCCUUCAGUGUCAGUAAUUAUAUAACAGAGUCACAUUUGAAGCCUCGUGACUGCAGCUCAUGGCUGUGAAGUUCAGUGCAAUUCAACCCUCUGUCAGGAUCAGAGGAUGCUCUCCACUCAGUUUGUUGCUUCAUUUCCUGAUGAAGAUGAAGGACGGGACUGUUCGGCUGUGGGACAUAGAGAACAUGGAAGAAAUCCCAGAGGUCAUGAAGAAGAGGAACGCGGAGGGAGCGGGAAUUCACAUCCUCAAGUGUGAAGAGUGUGGAAAGCCAUUCCCAGUGUCCAGACUGCUGACCUCAGAGCUGCUCACGCAGUGCGUCUUCUGUCGCCUCAAAUCGCCACCCAGAUACCGACCGCAGCCGCCACCGCUUACAUGACUUCCUGUGCAGGAGGAAAUGUUGUACUAAGUUUUGCAAGGUCUAGUUUUUAAACUGAAAAUCGAAUCUGAUAUUAAAAUGAUUUCGAGUAUGAAACUCUGUAAUCCUGGUUCUGAUAAUGCUGCUGUAUAAAUAAAUGUGUAAGUUCUUUGAGUCUGGAGUCACACAUCUG